AUGCAAUGCACACACUCACACCAGGCAAAUCACACGACGCUGACAAAGUACAUGCAACAAAAUCAAUACAAGCUCACCUGUUCCUCCACAGAGCUCAAGUUGCUUGACAUGAUCGGCCGACACUUCACUUACGACCGUUCGAAACCAUUCUCUGGUAAUAAGACCCACACGCUGUGUCGGCGAUGUGGGAAGUCGUCUUACCACAUCCAGAAGCAUCGUUGCGCUCAAUGCGGAUACCCAUCUGCCCGCCUGCGUCACUACAACUGGAGUGUAAAAGCUCAACGUCGUAAGACCACCGGCACCGGUCGCAUGCGUCACCUGAAGAUCGUUCAUCGCCGUUUCAAGAACGGUUUCAAGGAACCUAACUUCCGUAAGGCUAUCAAGGGUUCGAAGAAGGCUGCAAAUUCUCGGUUGAUUAUGUCGCGACAGCAACGUCUGCUUAAACCAAUGCGAGGUGGUCAUGUACGUCGCGCUGUGCAUACACCUUUGAUUAGAGAUAAUCGUCGCAACCCGAGCCCAAUAUCCACGGAUUCUGGUUUGUCUAACGAAGGACAGAUGAAGGCCGAUCGAAAGCUUGUCCCGACUUUGCACGAAAUUACUGUCCACGUUGAUCAGGCUUCUUCGUGUAUCGAAAAAGAUUUCCUGGAUUUUGUACAAGCCGCUCGAGCAAAGAUUGUUGAUUUGAAGCGCGAAAAGGACUCGUUGAAAAGGCAGAAUGCCCGAAUUCAGCAGCUUGAGCAAGAGGUGGGAAUGUACAAGCGUCAGGUCAAUGAAGGACGACCUCGGGACCUAAAAGGAAUCGUUCAGAAAGUCGGCAGUUACUGCUCGCGAACUGGGACAGAUCCUCGAUCAAUUUCCGAGUGCAGUUCUGACGACAUUCCUCGCCAGAAACUAAACGACAUGGUCGGAAAGUUGGUUGCUAUGGAGCGCAUAGAAGAGCGCCGUGGGCGGAAUUCUACAAGUGAUUCGAUCUUGCUUUCUGGGGAAGAAUCCAAUUCGUUGGAGCAGUCUGGGCCGUACAAUUUACGCCAACGAGAAGGGCGAUCGAGUAGGUCGAGGCGUUCUCGUUCCGCCAAUUUGAACCGAAGCAGGAGCCGCAGUCGUCCGCGACCUAAGCGAAGGAGUUCCGUCGAACCGAAUGAGAAGCGGUUUGUUGCCUCUACGACGGUUCACUUCAAUGCUGCUACUGGCGAGCCUGUUCAGGCUACAGCCACCUUGUCGCAGUCACGACCCAAGAGACGAAGUGACGAAGCUGCUGGAGGAGAUGUGAAGAAGGUCAAGACUAUCACCAUGGACUUGGAGAAGGCAGCCGAACUCGUUUCGAAGCUAUUGGGCUUUCAACAGGUUCAGGCGACGUUGGCGAAAACUCCAGCCAUGAGCAGGAUUUAUUCGAGCGCCGACUCCCCGCCGAGUUCUGCAUGCAAAUCUGAUGUGAUCGAGCAUCAAUUCUAUCCCAAGAAUCCGAGCUGGAUGAAGGCCCAACAUUGCCAAGUGUGCGCCAAGCCGUUGAAGAUGAGGUCUUCGCUGAAAUGUUCGGCUUGUUCUGGAGUCUGCCAUGAGACUUGCCGCGGUAGUAUGCCGGUUCCCUGCAUUGAAUGUCCACCGGAAAACAACAAAUAUCAUCUUGACGAUCUGAGAGCUUUUGUGCCGGAGAGAACUCCCAUGAUACCUGCUCUGCUCGUGCAUUGCGUGAACGAAAUCGAGAAGCGAGGAUUCAACGAACUUGGACUAUAUCGCGUCAAUGGCUCGAAGUCGAAAGUUGAAGAAUUAUACGAAAAGUACGUGUCUGGACUAAAAGGAAACGGCUAUCCACCACUUUGCGAACAAGAAAUUUCAGUCCUCUGCAGCGUCUUGAAACUUUUCUUCAAGAAGCUCAAGGAUACGUUGAUUCCAGUGCAACUGCACCAAUCGUUCUUCGACGUUUGCUCGGACGCUUCCCCUGGUCAAACACCAGAGGGAUUGUUCACUCUCGUUCGCUCGCUUCCACGUGCCAAUCGGGAUACUUUGACGUACUUGAUACUCCAUUUGAAGAGAGUUGCCAACGAGGACGCAGUAAAGAUGCCGAUCGCAAAUCUGGCCAAGGUGUUCGCUCCCACAAUCGUUGGUUCACCGGACAUGAAUUCCGUGCGCAAAGCCGUUUCCGUCAUGGAAGUAUUGCUGAACGCACCGGACUCAUUCUUCAAUGACGUUCUGCACGAGGGUAUUGCCGGGUCCUGUUUGAGGUCCACAUCUACCUUGGGUCCCUUGAGCACUUUGCCACGUGUGAGACAAUUGCAAGCAACGCCAGGCUCAAUGGCCAAGUCCAGGAUUUUCACCAGUCCAUAUCUUAUCGACUAAGAAUGCCAUAUAAUCUUUUCGUUCUCGUGCGCUGAUGUUUUUGACAAGACUUUUUUUCCUAAGAAAAAACUCGCGUUUUCAACUUUUCCUUCGGUGGAUGAUGUAAAUAAGUAUCAACGUCGAAAUACAACUUUAAAAUACUUAUUUGUAUCAAUAGAUUCAUGACACGUUUCGACGAUCAGAUCAGAAAACGUGAGUUAAGAAGGAAUAUACAUUCACAGCGCUGUGGAUGUAUUCGGUAUUCUCGUUUUCGGAACUGCUGCCAAAAUGUAUAUAGUCGUGAAUCUUUUGACACAAAUAAGUCUGAUGGCUUGCUAUAAUUAUGCAGUACAGUAUAUUACGGAAGGAGUGUACAAAAGAAUUCGAGUCGUCUUCCGUCGAAGGGGGUUUCGCCGAUUUCGGUGCGUGUGUAUUUUUACAAUUUUUCACUUCCGCUCCUCCUUUUUUUUACAAUUUUGAGCGUAUCGUGAUUGACUUUGUUUUCAUAUUUUCGGCCGAAAUGCAUCGAAAUACACGGUGUGAAAAGCA